AUGCGCGGGCGGAGGCGGAGGCGGCUGCGGCUCGGGCAGUCCGCGGGGGCCGGCGACUCUGAACAUAUGGAUAUUAAGGCCCUGUCUUUACUUGAGUUGCCUGGAAGUUGCUUCAGAGAUGGUCAACAUUAUGAAGAAGGAUCAGUAAUUAAAGAAAACUGCAACUCCUGCACAUGCUCAGGACAGCAAUGGAAAUGUUCCCAACAUGUGUGCCUUGUUCGUCCAGAAUUGAUCGAACACAUCAAUAAAGGAGACUAUGGAUGGACAGCAGAGAACUACAGCCAAUUUUGGGGAAUGACUUUAGAAGAUGGUUUCAAAUUUCGCCUGGGCACCUUGCCACCUAGCUCCAUGCUUCUGAGUAUGAAUGAAAUAACAGCUUCUUUACCUGCAACAACUGAUCUUCCAGAGUUUUUCGUUGCUUCUUAUAAGUGGCCUGAAUGGACUCAUGGUCCAUUGGAUCAAAAAAAUUGUGCUGCAUCCUGGGCAUUUUCUACUGCAAGUGUGGCAGCUGACCGAAUAGCGAUUCAGUCCAAUGGUCGAUACACAGCCAAUCUAUCCCCUCAGAAUUUGAUCUCUUGCUGUGCCAAGAACCGUCAUGGAUGCAACAGUGGAAGCAUCGAUAGGGCACUGGUAUCCCAUGCAUGCUAUCCACUUUUCAAGGACCAAAAUGCCACCAAUAAUGUCUGUGCCAUGGAAAGUAGGUCUGAUGGGCGGGGAAAACGGCAUGCCACAAAACCAUGUCCCAACAUCAUAGAGAAAUCUAACAGGAUCUACCAAUGUUCUCCUCCAUACAGAGUCUCUUCCAACGAAACUGAGAUAAUGAAAGAAAUCAUGCAAAAUGGACCAGUUCAAGCCAUAAUGCAAGUCCAUGAGGAUUUCUUCCAUUAUAAGGCAGGGAUAUAUAGACAUGUUACCAGCAUAAAUGAAGAAUCAAGAAAAUAUCAGAAGCUUCAGACACAUGCAGUCAAACUCACUGGGUGGGGCAAACUGAGAGGAGCACAAGGGAAGAAAGAAAAAUUUUGGAUUGCUGCCAAUUCCUGGGGAAAGUCAUGGGGAGAGAAUGGCUAUUUCAGGAUACUUCGAGGAGUAAAUGAGUCUGACAUUGAAAAGCUGAUUAUUGCAGCUUGGGGCCAACUGACAAGCUCAGAUGAGCCAUAA